GCCCCUGUUAUAGUUGGCUGCAGCGCGCAGCUCGGGGCUCAGUUGACUCCGGACUCGCAGCCAGCGUCACUCAAUGUCUCUGAAUAGCACGUCCGCCGGGGUGAUGAACCUGUACUGCGCCGGCAGCGCCUUCACCCCGUCAUGGAAGAACUCCUCGGCCGCCCGCCUCGGCCUGCCCCGGCACCUGGAGCAGCGGGCGGACUGGGCGGCCGGGGAGGCCCCGCUCAUGCUGUCCUCCCAGGGGGAGCUGGAGGAGGACGAGGCGGAGAUGGAGAGCGAUUCCCGGGGCUCCACCUCCCCCCCGGAGACCCCCACCAAGGACGACCUGUACCGCGAGACCCGCCAGCUGCUGCUCCAGCACUUCACCGAGUACUCGGGCGGGGACACCGCCAAGGCCGCCCUGCUGCUCCUCCCCGGGCCGGCCCGCCUGCGGCCCGCCAUGGACACCCUGCGCCGGGUAUCGGGGGACCUCAUCGACAAACACAGGAUGGCCUUCCAGGGUGAGAGUCUGCGCUACUGCCACGGCGGCGAUACUAUGGAUCUUACUGCCUGGGAUAAUGGCUGCCUGCAGCAAGAUGGCCGAACCUCCUCCUGUAUAGCAUGGCUGCUUCCUCCUAUAUAGCAUGGCUUACAGUAUAUAGCAUGGCUGCUUCCUCCUCUAUAUAAUAUAUAGCAUGGCUGCUUCCUCCUCUAUAUAAUAUAUAGCAUGGCUGCUUCCUCCUCCUAUAUAAUAUAUAGCAUGGCUGCUUCCUCCUCCUAUAUAAUAUAUAGCAUGGCUGCUUCCUCCUCCUAUAUAAUAUAUAGCAUGGCUGCUUCCUCCUCCUAUAUAAUAUAUAGCAUGGCUGCUUCCUCCUCCUGUGUAAUAUAUAGCAUGGCUGCUUCCUCCUCCUGUGUAAUAUAUAGCAUGGCUGCUUCCUCCUCCUAUAUAAUAUAUAGCAUGGCUGCUUCCUCUAUAUAAUAUAUAGCAUGGCUGCCUCCUCCUAUAUAGCAUGGCUUACAGUAUAUAGCAUGGCUGCUUCCUCUAUAUAAUAUAUAGCAUGGCUUACAGUAUAUAGCAUGGCUGCUUCCUCUAAAUAAUAUAUAGCAUGGCUGCCUCCUCCUAUAUAGCAUGGCUUACAGUAUAUAGCAUGGCUGCUUCCUCUAUAUAAUAUAUAGCAUGGCUUACAGUAUAUAGCAUGGCUGCUUCCUCUAUAUAAUAUAUAGCAUGGCUUACAGUAUAUAGCAUGGCUGCUUCCUCUAUAUAAUAUAUAGCAUGGCUGCCUCCUCCUAUAUAGCAUGGCUUACAGUAUAUAGCAUGGCUGCUUCCUCCUAUAUAAUAUAUAGCAUGGCUGCCUCCUCCUAUAUAGCAUGGCUUACAGUAUAUAGCAUGGCUGCUUCCUCUAUAUAAUAUAUAGCAUGGCUGCUUCCUCUAUAUAAUAUAUAGCAUGGCUGCUUCCUCUAUAUAAUAUAUAGCAUGGCUGCUUCCUCUAUAUAAUAUAUAGCAUGGCUGCUUCCUCUAUAUAAUAUAUAGCAUGGCUGCUUCCUCUGCCAAUAUAGCAUGAAAACAACUCCUCUAUAUAAUAUAUACUUUGUAGUUUACUUGCGCCUCCUCCUGUAUAAUAUAUAGCAUGGUUGCCUCCUCCUGUAUAAUAUAUAUAGCAGGGUUGCAGCCUCCUCCUGUAUAUUAUAUAUAGCAUGGCUGCUUCCUCUAUAUAAUAUAUAUACAUGGCUGGGUAUAUAGCAUGGCUGCUUCACUCUAUAUAAUAUAUAGCAUGGUUGCAGCCUCCUCCUGUAUAUAAUAUAGCAUGGUUGCCGCCUCCUCCUGUAUAAUAUAUAGCAUGGUUGCCGCCUCCUCCUGUGUAAUAUAUAGCAUGGCUGCCGCCGCCUCCUGUGUAAUAUAUAGCAUGGCUGCCGCCGCCUCCUGUGUAAUAUAUAGCAUGGCUGCCGCCGCCUCCUGUGUAAUAUAUAGCAUGGCUGCCGCCGCCGCCUCCUGUAUAAUAUAUAGCAUGGCUGCCGCCUCCUCUAUAGCAUGGCUGCUGUCUAAUGACUUCCUGUAUACAGCAUGGCUGCUAAUGGCUUCCUGUAUAAUAUAUAGCAUGGCGGCCGCCGCCUCCUGUAUAAUAUAUAGCAUGGCGGCCGCCGCCUCCUGUAUAAUAUAUAGCAUGGCGGCCGCCUCCUCUAUAGCAUGGCUGCUGUCUAAUGGCUUCCUGUAUACAGCAUGGCUGCUAAUGGCUUCCUGUAUACAGCAUGGUUGCUGUGUACCAUAUAUAGGGCCUAUUUAAUAUAGCUAGGCAGCGGUAUGCCUAGAUUUUUUUUUUCAAUGGAUAUAUAUUGCACGGCUGUUAUGUGCAAUCUAAAAGGCCUGUGUGAUUAUCUAUAUACAGUCUGAAAAACUGCUGUAUACCACAUAUAGGCCAUGUGACAGUGGCUAUCUGCAAUUUAGCAAGACAGCUGCACCUCUUAUGUACGGUAUAUCUUUGGACUGUUGAUUAAAGCUCUGUAACACCUUAUUGUUCUGGAGCUCUAACAAUGGGUAUCUUAUAUCUUGUGCGAACCAUCUGCAGAGCCUGGCAGUAGUACUGUAAACCACGUCACUGCCAGUGAGUCCAUGUGACAGUUCCUCUGUAAACCUAUGUCAAUGGUGGCUCCCUGGAACCCUGUCCCUCAUUACAGCCUGCCUUGUAUUGCAAGAUCCCAGCCCCCUGUAUGCUGACUUGAUCAGUUACCUAUACACUUUAACCAGGAAUGAGCAAUGUCUAUUCGUUCACACUGUAUACGAGAUCGGCUGGGACAUUCAGUAUACACACUUGUGUAUAUUGAUUAGUCUUGUUCUAGCUGCCUGUUUUUGGUCGGAGAAGCAACACUUUAAUAUAGCCUUAAGAAAAUGUGAUCUGCUUAAACUGUUGGCCUAUCCUAUAUAUUUCACAAUACCCCUACGUUGCAGUCUGUUGCCCACCUUUUGGUCUGUUUGUGCUAUUUUGCCUGUAUUAGCUGGCACUGUCUUACAGUACAUAUGGCUUAAUUGCUGCUUCUAUUAUCUGACUGAACUGGUUUUAAUGGCAUUCAGCUGAAUUACUGGGUGCAGAAGCGUGUUGUGUUCAUAGAAUCUUUCUUUUGGCACGAUGUAUGAUUUGAAAGAAAAACCUUCACAUUUCUUUUAUCCUGUACGAUUUGUAAGUCCUGAAGGAUUGUGCUUAAAAUCUGCCCUGCAUUUUCUGUUCAAUCCGAUCUCUGGCUUUUACUGGAUAUGUACACUAGUGUGCUUGUAGGAGGUUAAAGGUAGUUGUCUAUAAUUUGGCAUCUAAUACUUUAGUCCAUAAAGUGUGUGUACUGAUCAGCUUUUUGAAAGCUAACUUGUAAGUUGUGCUGUAGAAGGCAAUGUUAUCAUUUCUAUAUACCUUUUUGUAUAUUUCUGUUGGAGCUUGUUUGGUUUCUUUUCCCUGCUCUGCCGUAUGUUAUGCAUUACGAAUUGCUGUUUUUGUUUGUUCCCUUCCUCAUACAAUUGCUUUUUGGACCUUGUUCAGAAAGUACUUCUGCAUUCCCUGUAUGAGCAGUCAGCUGUAUUAAGUUCCUUAUUUAUCUACGGUGACUAAUAGGCUUUCUGUGGAAAUGGGUCUCUGCUACUUACACCACAGUAACCAGUUCCCAGGUCGCUUACCCGUCAGAAUGCAGUGUAUGUAUUAAGACUCCUAUUUGCAGUCAAGCUGCGAAAAGCACAUUUUGUGUUCUCCUUUGUUAUAUGCUGAGCUAGGGGUUGCACUUUCAGCAAACUGAACACCCAUCUGUGUGGCUUUUUUCUAUUAAAAAAAAAAAAAGAGCGAGAACUCCCAGCUUGGUCUGUUAUAUAUUAAAAACCAUUAUGGAGUGGAAUUCCGUUUCUGGAAGAUUCUGAAAUGCAUGUUGCAUAGCAAAAUCUGCAAUAGUAAAGUGUUGGCGAGUUUUUGUAUAGAAAGUUAGAAUUUGAAAUGUCUGUUUCCUUGCUGGUCUAAUUCUCUGACUUCUGAAGGACAGUUGCAAAGUCCUUAACGUUGUGGUAUUGAUAUGACUGAAUUUUUAGCCUUACAUGUUUAUCUGUCUAGUAAACUCUCUUAAAGGGACACUGUAGUCGCUAUAACGACUUUGUCUCUUUGAAUUGGUUAUAGUGCCUGGAGUGGCCUGGCACUGUCCCUCCAUUCAGAGUUGCACCAUGUUCGUGUAGUAUGCCACAAAAUAAGUCCCUGGCCACCCACAGUCCGGCCCCUUCUGUAUGUGUAGCUAAGGCAGAGAUUACACACUUCCUUGUUGUCCUACCCAUUCAUACAGUCAGUUGGAGCUCUGACAGGUUAAAAGCAGUCAGCUGACACUCUCAGCCAAUCACAGCUGCACAUUGCCUCUCAGGGUACUACUUCCUUAUUAGCCAAAGCAGCACAGAGGGGAUGGACUGCCAGGGUCUCUUGUUUAGCAUUAAAACAUUACAACAUUAAAAACUGUUUAAUGCUGAAAGAAAUGAUGGUACCAGGGGACUCCAGACACUAUAACCAGUUUAAUGAGAUGAAGCAGAUACAGUGCCUACGGUGUCCCUUUAAUGAGAACAUUGUAAUCUGUAACAAUCUAUUAAAUGUAAUCUUUAAUUGCCUCACAAGUUGUAUUGGGAUUAUUUGGUCUAUUACAAUUGAUACUGAAGUUUUCAAUGUUUCUUUCCCCCAGGGAUGCUCACAAAGCUAUCCAUACAGAAGCGAGAAGACCUACAGAAACUAUCCGAAGUCCCCUCCUUGGUUUUCAGUGAUGGAAUUACAAAUUGGGGCAGGAUUGUUACAUUAAUAAGCUUUGGUGCUUUUCUUGCAAAGUAUUUGAGGAGCAUACACCUUGAAGACUGCAUUGUUUCAUUAGCAGACAGUUUUACGGAGUUCCUUAUGGACAGCAAAAGAGAGUGGAUAACAGAACAGAAAGGCUGGGUAUGUAUAGGUUUUUGUGUUUUUGUUUUUGUUUUUUUUCCCUUUCUCCAUGUCUUCCUGACAUUCAAGCAUUGUAUUGUAUGUGGGUUUCCCUCCCCUAGAAUCUAGAGUACAGCCCAUGUGAACAAAGACAGUCACUGUUCUUGAUGUGAAUUCAGUCCAUUCCUAGCUGUAAUAAUAGCUACAUGGUCUAAAAUAAAGACUAAAGUCACAUUAAAUAACUGACAAUUUGGGAUCCAAGUGUUUGGAGAACAUUGACGUUAUCAACACUUUUACCCUACUCCUACAGUACCCUCCUUCGUCAAACUCAUUUAGAUGACUGAGUAGGAUACCUCUAAAGUUGGCAAACUUCAGUGAUCUAAACUUUUUUUUUAUUCCCUUUUUUUUUUUUUUUUCAGGAUGGUUUUGUUGAAUUUUUCCACAUAGAGGACUACGAAAGUGGACUCCGAAAUGUUUUAAUGGCGUUUGCUGGUGUUGCAGGAAUUGGUGCAAGUAUUGCCUACAUGAUCCGGUGAACUAUGGUGAUCAUCCUCUAAGUUUGUUUUAAAGAAAAAGGAUAACUUUUAUGGAUGUUACCAAUGCUAUCAAUGAAUGACUCCAUCAGGCGUUGAGCGCCAGGCUUGGGCAGUCGCUUGGGCUGGACGAUUGUAUGGUAUCACUGCUUAUAACACCAUUUAGUACUGCAGUAUGGUCAUCAGAGUUGAAAGGUAAACAGGGAGCGGUCUCCCACAAGAAACAAUAUCUCGAAGUACCUCCCAGUUUUUUUUUGUUUUGUGUCAAAAACGGACUUGAGUUUAGUUUCAGAAGAUCAUGGCACCAAAAUAGCUGAUCAUUCUUAUUUACAGCACUUUUGCAGGGCUGCUUUGCCAACCUUGAAAGACUAAUUUCCAAGUUAUUCUGGUCAAUGGGAAUGUCUUAUCCAACUUCAGUUACCUUUCAGUACAAAAAUCAAUUCUGUAAAUUGUGUACAUACUCUGUCCUGCUUUGCCAAUGGAAAUAUAAAUCGCAUUCUAGAUUUCAAACAAAGAAUUCACUGUGAAAUUGUAUAAAAGCUUCAUUCCUUGGCCGCCGCCUUCUGACCUUGCAUGCUGACCACUUUUUUUUUUUUUUUUCUUGAUACCCGGGGGACAUCUAAACACAUUGAUCAGAUCCUUGGGUUUUUUGUAUGGUAUUGGGGAAAUUUCAAUUAUUUUUUUUAUAUAUAUUUUAGCCUGUCACUGAAACACUAUAUAUAAUUUUCUUUAAGAGGAAUUGUUUAUUUUCAUUAAAAAUGAUUCUUAAUAUUUCCUCCGUAAGUACCAUUGAAACCACCCUACCUUUAUGUAUGUGGAGUAAUAGCUGCCCCUUAUCAGAUUACUCUUUACAUGUACGCCCUUGAAUGUUGUAUAAAGUUUGAGAGGUACUUGAGUUUAUUUCUGAAUGUUCCUCUGGCACUGAAAGCUAUAUCUAGGCACAAGCUCCAAUGAUCCAGUUAAGAGGCACUCUCAAACAAGACGGCCUUUCUCCAUAGCACUGCCAUUCUAUAUACUUGGAAUAUCUGCUUCAGAUGCAAACCGCACAGAAUGUAGGGGUCAGAACAGGCUCGUCUAAACAUCCAAACUAUCCGAUCCUCUAUUGUUCAGGGUGCUAAGUUUAAAAAAAUUGUACUUUUUGAAUAAAACAAGAACUAUUUUGUUUAAAUUGUGUUCUGUCUGGGUUUUCUUUUUACAGAUUAAUUACUUGUGGU